AUGGAUAUUGAUUACUCAAGCGAAUCUUCGAGCGAUGGUUCUGGAAGCAGUGGAUCGAGUUAUAGCGAAGAUAUGAACGUCGAAAGAGACGUAAACAUGAUUCAACCUUACGCGUUUGAACCGGUUGAAACAGACUCGAGCGGUGACCAUGAAGACUCGGAAGAAAUGGCUUCGGAAUCUUCGUCAAGUUCUGACAAAACCACCAGACUUCAGGACACGAACUGGUAAUUAUUUACUAAAUUUGCUUCUAUUAUUUAUGUUGUAGAUAAUUAUGUAGGUUAAGCUUUUUCAGCAACAUGCCCAACUAGGGUUAUUAGUGCUUUAAUUGUUUGUACAUUAUUAUGGGCGGCAUUAUUAUACAUUAUUAUGUUUGUACUUAUAAUUAUUAUAGUUUUCAAUGAAUCAAACAUGACUGAAAAUCAACUGCUAUGCUUUGGGCCUUUGGCCCAAAUUAACUUGGUUUAGCCCAAAUUAACUUAUGAUUAAAUUGGAACUUGACUUUAUACAUGUAGGUGCCUUUGUACUCACUGCCAAAUAAAGGAUAGGGAAGAGGAAAGUAUUUGCUGCCACGAGAUCCCAGCUUGUGUUUCUAUAAACCAAGAAGCAGCACAAAUUGAGGAGAUACCCGUCCCAGAAUGUAUUACUGAUAACCCUGCAUUUCAGUAUUUAUGUCUGAAUUAUUGGGUCUUGCGAGUUGCUUGGAGCGAUUAUAGACAACAUUAA